AGAGGCUUGUGCCGCUUCCUGCCACUGCUCCUCCAUUGCGACCCCCUCCAACGCGAGAAGAGCCCAGCUUGCUGCUCCCUUAGCCCAACUGGAGGAAAUCUCUGCUAGGAAAAAACAUUUCUCCCAAGUCUCCCUCCUCCGGCGGCAUUGCGGGCUUUCCCAUUCUCCUGAAUCCCAGACCCCUUGUCACUCCCUCCCCUCCCGUCCCUACUGUUGCUUUUUGACAUAUGCACGGAUCAUGCCCGGCUGACUCCUCCAGAGAUCCCCCCCAGGAGCUGAUCCAUGAAGGGCUCUGUCAAGGCGCCGCCGGUCCAAGGAGCCCUCCCCGGCAACGAGGAAGAGAUCCGACGUCUUCUCCAUUGACGCUGCUCCUCCCUCUCCCUCCUUUCACCGAUACUAUCAAGUUAUGGAGCUCCAAGUGUAACCUAAGUUGGGGAGCCUCUUCAGUUUCAGUGGGACCUGUUCAAAAUGCCUCCAAAAAAAUCCAGAGGGAAAGCUCCUCAAGUCUCAGGUCAGAACAGAGGACUGAAAAGUCAGAAAAAGUUAGAAGAACAACAGAAGAACCGCCUUCUUCUGGAGGGGAAGAGGAGAGCUGUCAGUCCCGAAAAAAGAGUGAGAAAACGCAAAGGCACCACGGUCCCCCAGAGAACCUGCUCUGGAGAGAACCCAAACAUCUGUACCGAGUGUGGUCAAACCUUUGGACAGAGCUCAGAUCUAAUUAACCACCAGAGAAUCCACACAGGGGAGAAGCCAUACAAAUGCUGUGACUGUGGGAAAACAUUCAGCAUCAGUUCCAGCCUGAGCAGGCACCAGAGAAUCCAUUCGGGUAAGAAGCCGUACCUUUGCUCUGAGUGUGGGAAAAGUUUCACUGACAAGUCUACCUUGGUUCAGCAUGUGCGGACCCACACAGGAGAGAAGCCCUACCAGUGUAUCGACUGUGGAAAAACCUUCAGCCACAGCUCCCAUCACAAGCGGCACCUGAAGAGCCUGCCGGCAAAGCGGCAAGGAAAAUGCAGUCCCCUGGAAACCAACGCCGCCAAUGCCUUGAUUCCUGGUAAAGUCAAGAAGGCCAGAGUCUCCAAGAAGCAAACAUCUCCCUUUGAAAUCCCUCACACAUGUGCAGAGUGCUGGCAGAGUUUCAACCAGACCUCCGAUCUGGUCAAGCACAUGCGCAUCCAUACGGGGGAAAAACCGUUUGAGUGUAACCACUGUGGGAAAUGCUUCAACGUCAGCUCCAACCUGAUCAGGCACAAGAGAAUCCACACAGGGGAGAAACCGUACACCUGCUCUGACUGUGGGAAAAGCUUCACCGACAAAUCCACCCUCACUCAGCACAACCGCAUCCACACAGGGGAGAAACCUUACACGUGCACUUACUGUGGGAAAAGCUUCAGCCGCAGCUCCCAUCACAAGAGACACCAGCGGAUCCAUGCAGGAGAAAACCCGGUCUCUUUUCUGCCCUUGUGGCCUUACCCUAACCAAAUGUACUAAAAGUCAUGCCCAUGUCUUGAUGAGUGGGACAGAAUUUUCAGGAGACCUCCGUCCAGCUGAAUCUUGGAAUGACCACGCAGCACCUAAGCACUUCCCAAGCUCUAGUGGAUGUAUUUGUUUCUCAUCCCCUCGCACUGAUGAAAAGAGGUUGCCAGCAUUCCACGACAGCACAGAUCUACAACUCACAAAUUUUCAAACCCCAAAUCCAUCUUGAGCCAUUCAAAACACACUAGGCUGUACUGAAGGUUUUCCCCACUUCUUUUCAGCAAGGGUCCAGAUCUUUUAUUUAAUGGCAUCUAAGAUGUGCAGGGUAUAGGUUUUUUAAAACGCAUUAAUAGAACUAUUAAUUUUAAUUGUAAUAAAAGCAGUCAUGAUGUAUACUGUUCUCAUAUAUACCAGGUGCUGUACUGAGCAUGGGUAUGUUAAAGAGUUUGGCCCUUUCUAAACCCUUAGCACUAUUAUUCUGUACAACUUGCCUGUCCUCCUUUUGGAAGCAAGAGAAGUUUCUUGCAGAGCGACCCCCUUGGUGGUCUAUUUUUCUUUUUUUUUAAAUGGCUUUGAAUGGCACUUUUGUAAUUGCCUUCUUCUUGGGUUUGCCUCUGUGGGCCCCAAAUGGAGAAAUAACGUCCACCAGAGCUGUUUCCAAUUGGGAGGACUGGACCCCUCAUCCCCUGGUGCUGUGGUCCCACUCCAAAUCAGGCUGUACUUGGGGAAGUAAGUUCCUUGCAGCUUCUGUGUGACUUUGGAGAAUGCAGGUCUAAGGGAUUCCCUGAUCCAUCCAAGUGUAUAGUGCAGUUUCACACUUCGGCUCUGGAAGAAGACCAUAGGUGGAGGAGAAGGGAUAUAAAGCAGGGAUACUCUGCUAGACCAAAGGGGACAUUGAACUUAUUGACCAAUGAGGAUUUUUAAGUAUGUUUUAUUUUCAUGGCUUGUGGGGGGGCGGGGAAUCAGGCUAAGAUGGUGAAUCGAGUAGAUCCUCAGCCUCAUAACUGCACAUACAUUUUAUUGAGAGGAGCAGGGCUUUUUUUCAGCUGGAAUGUGGUGGAAUGGAGUUCUGGAACCUCUUGAAAAUGGUCACAUGGCUGGCGCGGAGGGCAAUCUAAACUCCCCUCUGCCUGGAGAUCAGGGGGCGGGGCAACCAGCCAUGUGACCAUUUUCCCCAAAGGCAACCCACUGAGUUCCACUACCUCUUUUCCCAGAAAAAAAGCCCUGGAGAGGAGGAAAGCUGCCAUACAAGUUUCAACCCCACCCACAGUACCACACUAGUGUAAGAUUAACAGGGAGUGUUCCUUGGUCAAAUUCUGGAAUGGCACUAUGUGGAUGCUACUCACUGCUGAGAUGUAGCCUUUCUUUACACCAUAUUUCUUGGAGCACCCUGUCUUAAAAAUAGGCAGCAGAUGCAGAUAUCACAGAUAACCACCAGUUCCUCCAUUCUGCUCAGUCUGGCACCACAAGGCUUCUGAAAUGGGAGUUACCCCUCAGUGCCCUCUGCUACCAGCAGGGCCGCAACCAUCUCCUUGCUUGAGCAAACAUGCACCCAUGCGCCCAGUUUUGUUCUGAUAUAUGGAGAAGGUGGAAUAGAUAGAUUGUUCUGUCUAUACUGCAUAUCUCUAGAUGGUUGCAGUACUGUGAGGUAGUUUUGAGGUAGAAAAAAUAAUCUGGGCUUGUAAACACCUUGUGACAAACAAAAGGCUUUCCAUCACUGGAAAGUUCAGGGGAAGUUCAGUGAUGGAAAGCCUUUGCCUGUUGAGUUUCUGCCUGCUGUCUAGGUUUUACAGAAAUAACAGUAUAACUUACAGGUCUCAUGCAUUCUACUCUCAAAAAGCUAGAGUUAACUACUGAGGAAGGCAGAAGUUUUUCAUGGCAUGGAGGUAAACAUCACCAAAUAAAUACCAUCUAUUAAAGGAAUAGGACAUUUUUCUCCAGAACUGUUAGCAACCCUGUCUACAUUAUAAAAUCUGUCCACUUUGCCAACCCACCCCUACUGAAGCAGUUCUGUGAAUCCUUUUUAAGAAUGGUCAGUGGAUGCUGCAGAUUGUUUUUGAACUACAAAGGCUUGUAAGAACCAAAGUUCUAAGGGGCUGGUUUCAAUGGGCUGCUGUUGAAUAAAUUUAGAAGGCCAAGUCCUUAAGAAAGUGGGAUGGUAGCAGUUGUCUGGGGUAAGUUACCUGGGAUGUUGUGGGGGGGACCAUUAGCUUUCAGUUGAGGAUGAAAGUAAUUUGACUU